AUGGAUGAUAUAGACCAAUCAGAAAUAUAUGAUCCUUCGAUAAAUUCAUUCAGUCAAGUUGGUUCUGUUAUUGAUCAUCCUCUGUUCUUGCAAAGUGAGAUACAAGGUUGCCUUGAUGUUGGUGACCCUAACUAUGAAUGUUCAAUUUGUGGCGCGUGUUUCUGGUUAUUAAAACGUGUUGAAAGAGAGUCUACAGUUAAUCGUCCUAUUUUUACUGCUUGUUGCUCAAAGGGAAAAAUCCAGUUACCUUAUCUUCAAAAGCCCCCAGAUCUGUUAUAUGAUUUUAUCAAUGGACAUGAUAGGAAGAGUUUGUAUUUCCAAAAAAAUAUUCGAUCUUAUAACAGUAUGUUUGCCUUCACGUCUCUUGGCGGUAAGGUAAUGGAUUCUGUGAAUGAUGGGAGGGGUCCACCGCAGUUUAUAAUAAGUGGUCAAAAUUAUCAUCGGAUUGGAAGUUUGCUCCCAGUUGCUGGUGAGAAGCCCAAAUUUGCACAGUUAUACGUAUACGACACUCAGCAUGAGAUAAUGCAUAGGCAGCGAAUUUUUGGGCAAACAUCUGAGAUAGAUAAAGAGUUGAUAACUGAGUUGUUGCAAAUGAUCGAUACUCAUAAUGUCAUAGCACAGUCUUUUCGAAGAGUUAGAGAAUUAUAUGAGUGUCAUCCAUCUGAGAUUUUCUCAUUGAAGUUGUAUUCGCAACGGAACGUUGAUCGAAGAAUGUACAGUGCUCCCUCUUGCGAUGAAGUUGCUGCUUUGAUUGUUGGAGAUUUUGAUUCGUCGGACCAUGGUCGUGACAUUAUUGUUCGAUCUACUGGUGGUCGGUUGCAACGUAUAUAUGAAACUCAUGCUCUGUAUUGGCCCUUACAGUAUCCUCUGUUGUUUUCGUAUGGCGAGGAUGGUUAUCAGCCUAACAUUGGUUAUCGUGGUCAACAGCUCGGAUAUGUUCCUGGAAGGAGAACAAGAGUUUCCCUCAGGGAAUUCAUAUGUUUUCGUCUCCAGAUUAGGGAGCACGAAGAUGGAAUUAUUCACAAGUCUAGGCGGUUGUUUCAACAAUUUGUUGUUGAUUGUUUCACGAUGAUUGAGUCGCAGAGGUUGUAUGAGAUUAGAAUGAAGCAAAGUACAAUUAGAGGAGAAGUCCUUCAAGGAAUAGAGGAGGCUAUGCGUCGUGGCGAUGAUGAGGCUUCUUCAAUUGGGACACGAAUCAUUUUGCCUUCCUCAUUCACUGGUGGUAGACGUUACAUGUUUAACCGUUGUCAGGAUGCCAUGGCGAUUUGCAAACAUUUUGGGUAUCCAGAUUUGUUCCUCACUAUUACGUGUAAUCCAAAUUGGCCUGAGUUUCAGCGGUUCACGGAGCGGGAGCAAAUUCCGAUUGCUGAUCGUCCUGAUAUCUCUUGUCGUGUCUUUCAUGCCAAGUUGAAGUGCCUCCUUAAUGAUCUCAAGGAAGGUGUGUUUUUUGGUCCACUUAAUGCAGGUAUGUAUACUAUUGAGUUUCAAAAAAGGGGUCUACCGCAUGCACACAUGCUACUGUGGCUUAAUGCGGAAAGCAACUUACAAAGUGUUGAAAUUGUUGAUGAAUUCAUCUGUGCCGAGCUACCCAAUCCCCAGAAAUUUCCAUCUCUUUAUAAUGUUGUCACCAAGUACAUGAUCCAUGGUCCCUGUGGUCCACUUAGACCGAGUUCUCCUUGCAUGAAAGAUGGUAAGUGCUCAAAAUUUUAUCCGAAAAAAUUUGUUGACCAAACGAGCUUUGAUGAAGAUGGGUAUCCAAUAUAUAGACGUCGUAAUAUGGGUGUCACAGUGAAGAUCAAUGAUGUCGAUAUCGACAAUAGAUUUGUUGUGCCCUAUAAUCCACUGUUGUUAAUGAAAUACCAAGCUCACAUAAAUCUCGAGUUCUGUAACAAGUCAAACGUUAUCAAGUAUCUAUUUAAAUAUGUUAACAAGGGUCCGGAUCGGGUGACCGCAACUGUUGGAGAGAGAUAUGAUGUUGGUGAAUCUUCUCAGGUGGUUGAUGAGAUCAAACAGUAUUAUGAUUGUCGUUAUUUGUCACCGUCUGAAUCCAUGUGGAGAAUUUUUGCUUAUGAUAUUCAUCAAAGAUGGCCGUCGGUACAGAGGUUGACUUUUCAUUUGCCCAACCAGCAACAUGUUGUAUUCGAUGAUGCUGAUAUCAGUACUCAUGUUUAUUUGCGGAACAAAGAUUUGCUGACGAUGUUUAUGGGUUGGAUGAUGGCCAACAGGCGGUUCUCGGAGGGGCGGUCUCUAACAUAUGUUGAAUAUCCAGGCAAAUUUGUCUAUUGUUUGAGGAGUAGGGAGUGGAAGCCAAGACAAAGGGGAUUUUCAAUUGGAAGAUUGAGUUUUGCUCAUCCCGUGAAUGGUGUUACAUAUGAUACAUUUCAAGAGGCAUGUUCCGCCAUGGGAUUCUUGAUAGAUGAUAAUGAGUAUGUUUCUGCUAUUAAGGAAGUUGCUGAGUUAGCGUCGGCUGCGCAUCUAAGGAGGCUUUUUGUGAUGUUGCUGUUAUCUGGUUCCAUGGGAAGACCUCUAUUAGUUUGGGAGCAAACUUGGACUUAUUUGUCUGAUGAUAUUCUUUACCGUAGAAGACACGAGCUGCGAUAUCCUGAUCUUACUAUGAGUCAAGACGAGUUACAGACAUUUUGUUUGUUGGAAGUUGAGAGACUAUUGCAGAGUAAUGGAAAAUCAUUGAGAAAUUAUGCUGGCAUGCCCGUUCCUAAUAACUCUUUAGUCUCUCAAUUUAGCAAUUUGAUGCUGUUGCGUGAGUUGCAGUAUGAUACUGUUUCUUUGUCUCGUGAGCAUGAUGCAGAUCUCUUAAAGUUAAAUGAAGAACAGAGGGUGGUCUACGAUAAAAUUAUUGACUGUGUUUCGAAUAAGAAGGAUGGGUUCUUUUUUGUGUACGGGUUUGGUGGCACUGGAAAAACUUUUUUAUACAGAGUUUUGUCAGCUAGAUUGCGAUCUGAGAAAAAGAUUGUUAUCAAUGUUGCUUCUAGUGGUAUUGCUUCUCUGUUGUUACCUGGUGGUAAGACGGCUCAUUCUAUGUUCAAUAUUCCUGUUGAUCUGACUGAAGAUACUGUUUGCCGGAUUAAGAAAGAUAGUCCAAAAGCUGAGGUAUUUCGGUUGGCCGAUUUGAUUAUUUGGGAUGAGGCACCGAUGACUAACAAAUUAGCAUUUGAAGCGCUUGACAGGACGUUGCGUGAUAUAAUGGUUUCAGUCUCUGAUAGGAAUAAAGAUUUACCUUUUGGUGGCAAGGUGGUUGUUCUGGGUGGUGAUUUCAGGCAGGUGUUGCCAGUUAUUCCAAAAGGUUCGCGUGCUGAGAUUGUGAUGGCUUCCAUAAAUUCUUCUAUCAUUUGGAAAUACUGCGAAGUUCUGCGAUUGACAACAAAUAUGAGGUUAGCAACCGGAUCGGAACAAUCAACUGCUCAGGAGUUAAGGUCGUUUUCAGAUUGGAUACUUCAAAUCGGUGAAGGUCGAUGUGGAGCAGUGGUCAAUGAUAAACUUUUUGUUGAUAUUCCUUCUGAUCUAAUCAUUCCUGUCUUGGAAAAUCCAGUGGAAGAUAUUGAUAGGGCAAUAUUGGCUCCGAUUGUCGAGAAUGUUGAAGAGAUAAACAAUUAUAUAGUUGACUUGUUGCCCGGUGAGGAGAAAAAUUACCUCAGUGCUGAUUCGAUAUGUGGUAGUGAUGCUUAUUCUGAUGUUGAUGUUGAUUGGAUAACUGUUGAAUUCUUGAAUCAGAUUAGGUGUUCUGGUCUACCUAAUCAUUUGUUGAAGUUGAAAAUAGGCGUGCCUAUUAUUUUGUUGAGGAAUAUUGAUCCGGCUGGGGGUUUGUGUAAUGGGACUCGACUUGUCGUGCGAGAUCUAGGGACAAAUGUGAUUGGUGCCGAUAUUGUUUCUGGUAGCAAUGUUGGGGAUAAAGUUUUUAUCACUAGAAUGAAUAUGAUUCCUAGUGAUACGGUUAUACCGUUUAAAUUCCAACGUCGUCAAUUUCCGGUUUCUUUGUCGUUUGCAAUGACAAUCAACAAAAGUCAGGGUCAGACAUUAUCAACAGUCGGUUUGUUCUUGCGUCGUCCUGUGGUUUCUCACGGUGGAGUAAUUCUACAGAAUGUGAUCAAUAUCUCUAGAUUAUUCAUUAAUCCAGACAUUCCUGAGUCUGUUGAGUUCCUAAGCAGAUUUAGUGUAGCCAGUUAUGGAUUCUCAAGACUUGUGAACAAUGACCUUGGAUACUUAAUUUCUAAAGUUGAUGGUGAUUAUUUCAAUCCCAAAGAGAUCAGUAGUAUUCAAGAUCUUGAUGUAGAUAACAGGGAUGCUCAUUACUUUGUAAUGGGGACAAUUAAGGAAGUUAUGGAUGAACCAGAUUGGUGGUACUACUCAUGUGUAUGUGGUCAUCCUGUUGUUGACCAUGAGGAUCUCUACCUUUGUGAUGCUUGUUGUUCAUGUGUUGAACAUGUUAUGCUCAAGUAUAGGAUUCGGGUAAAGGUUCACCAUGCUGGGUGUGAUGUUUUGUUUGUUCUGCUUGAUAAUGCGGCAACAAAACUAUUUGGAAAAACCUGUUCUGAAGCAUUUCUCAGGAUAGACGAAGAAUUCCCUCUUGAUCCUAGUGUGCUUGCAGUCUGUCGGUCAUAUUCUCCACAAAUGUUUGGUGAUGUUGUUGGAGAGCAUAAAGUUUUCAAGGUUGAAAUUCUUCCUGUGGUUGAUCCAGAUUACUCCGGGUCCUUUAAAAUUGUAAAUGUGUUUAGUGAUAAUUCUGAACCAGCUACAAGUGAUGAUUAUAUGAAUGCAAGGCUUCAUGAUCCGAUUUUUCCACCAAUCUACGAUGCCUGUUUGCAGUAUGGAAUUGGGGAAGAUUACAAGACUCAAGUAGUUUGUGAUAAUUCUAUUCAAUCAGAAACUAUUGAAGAUAUUAUUACUGAUCUUAUUUCACCUAAUCGCUGUUAUUCUGAUGUUGAGAAUGGUGGUUUUGUUUUCAUUCUUGGAACUAUAUCAUCUGUUUUCAAGAAUCAUAAGUGGUGGUUCUCAACUUGUUUAUGUGGUUCUCUUGUGUCAGCUAAUAAACAAAUUUUAUCAUGUGAUCUAUGUCAGCUUCAAUGCAUUGAUGCUGUCCCAAGGUGUUUUGUUCUUUAG